AUGGGUGAUUGGUCAAUUCUGGGCCGCUUUCUAACAGAGGUUCAGAAUCAUUCCACGGUCAUCGGUAAAAUCUGGCUGACGGUGCUCCUGAUCUUCCGCAUACUGCUGGUCACCCUGGUGGGAGAUGCAGUGUACAGCGACGAGCAGUCCAAAUUCACCUGCAACACCCUACAGCCUGGCUGCAACAACGUCUGCUAUGACACGUUUGCCCCUGUCUCACACUUGCGUUUCUGGGUCUUCCAGAUCGUUCUGGUCUCAACGCCCUCCAUCUUUUACAUCAUCUACGUGCUGCACAAAAUCACCAAAGAUGAGAAGAUGGAGACGGAGAGGAUCCACGCAGAGGUCAAUCACCCUAGUCGAAUAGAAGGAGAUGGUUCCAGACUGGCCUACGGAGCCCAGGGCGAGGAAUGGGGUGGCCAGGACGAGGGAAGCGUUGAGCAAAGUCUCCUGCAGGAAGAUUUCGGUGAGCUCGGCAAAGAUCCAACCACACUUUCCAGUCAGGUUCUCCUCAUUUAUAUUGUUCACGUCCUGAUCCGUUCCGUCCUGGAGAUCACCUUUCUUGUCGGUCAGUACUACUUGUUUGGAUUCGAGGUGCCUCAUUUGUUCCGCUGCCAAACGUACCCUUGCCCAACACGGACUGACUGUUUUGUGUCUCGAGCCACCGAAAAGACUAUUUUCCUUAAUUUUAUGUUCAGCAUCAGCUUGGGUUGUUUCCUCUUGAACAUUGUGGAGCUUCACUACCUGGGUUGGGUCUACAUUUUCCGUAUGCUCUGUGCCGCCUGCUUCUUGUGCUGCAAGUCAGAGAGGGAUUUGUAUGCUCAAAGAAACCCACUGCUGCUUCGCCUCAGACACUCAAUGCGGAGCAGGCUGGUCCUGCAGUCUCCAACAACCACUCUGUCUCAGGAGAAGACCGGGACGGCUUUGCUUUCACAUGGUCCUGCCAUCUCUUUCGAGACCGACUCUACUCUUGAAUGCUCCUCAAAGAAGAACCCUGAAGAGAGGGAACGCAUGAGGCUGAAAUGGGCCAACAUGGUUAGAUUUACUGGUAAAAAGUCCUGGCUGUGA